UGCUUUUGACGCAUUGAAAUCAACCAUACCGACCGACAAUCUUUGAAAUAUUGUUUUUAGUUGCGGGACUGAUAGACCGAUCAUCAGGUGUGAGAAGUGAAGAGAGAAAAAAGAAACAAUUGCUCCAGCGGGGGUGUCGCAUCCUUUUUCCCUCUUGAAAUUGAGGAACUUGAGGACUCCUGGAAAACGUUUCCUAGCCAGUUCCAGUUCCUGAAUUGCAUUUUCCGACGCCACCGACUCUAUCAUUUAUCCACCGGACCCAGACACGCUACAUAACAAGAUGUCUUUCUCCUCAUCUGAAUACUCUUACUCAACUCCGACCACAACUUUCACCUCUCCAUCCUCCUGCAGCUCCGCUCGCUCAGUCCCUCCUUUAAGCACCAAUCUCUCAUCGCGAUCCUCGUCGUCCUAUCGACCUCCCUCACGCGCUCGUGAUCAAUUAGAAACCUUGAUCGCCAGACACGGUCGUCCAACUCGCUUUUCCCUAUCUUCCCUUGAGGAACUGACCGCGACUUACUCCUCUUAUAACCCACCUUCGCCGUUGUCCCGUCCACGAUCACCAGCCGCCGACUUAUCCGAUUCCUUUGAAAAGCUCUCUACAUCUACUCAUCAUCACUCUAGGUCAAGGCCUAUCCCGAUUCCCAGGUCAGCUUCUUAUAUCCACGGCGAGGAUAUUCCAGUCACCCCCUUGACUGGUCGAUUCGAGAAGAACUAUUUUCCUCACCGUGACGGUCGUGAGUUAUCACACGAAAGAGGCCGCAGAGGCAGCCGCCACAGAGAUAGCCGAGCAAGUCGUCGUUACAUCGAUCAUCGCUCUUCCAGAAUGCGCACCGAUAGCACGACCUUCUACUCCUCGGUUGCGUCGCAAUCUCUGUCUUCUUCUGGACGUUCUAGCUCCCCGCAGCCAGCCCUUCGUCGAGUACAGACGACGGCUAAAUCCGCUCCAGCCUUCCAUCUCGGUGAUCUACCCCGGUUUCAUCCUGCCGUCUAUCAAUCAUCCGGCACCUCACAGGCUGUGAAUGGCCAGCCGCCAUCGCCUCGUUCAUCUCGACAACAUGCCUAUCGGCCUGGUACGGCCUCUCGAGACCCCAUCUCACAAUACCGAGAUUUCGUUGAAGGGGUUGUGCUCCAGAAGCCUCCAUCCCGCCCAUUAUCUCCAAGCCCGUCCGCCCCGCGCCUGAACCCCCUUCGCAGUCCAGGCCCGGUUACACCCCUCGCGCUGGAAGAGGCGAAUGGUUAUCUUUCUGCCGGCGCCUCCAACCGAUCAGACCUCUCCUCACGGGACUAUCAGCAUUCGGCGCCAGCCCCUGAUCUGUUGGAGCGCUUGAUUGCUCGCGAAAAUGAGAAGGUUAGACAAAAGGCUAGAAAGGCUCCCAAAGGGUGGUAGAGAGAACCCCCGGGCCAUUUGAUGAUAGAACCAUGCUACGCGCUGUUUAUUGUCUUUCCCGAACCUUUGGAUGUUUAUCCGUGGCUCUGCUUAGGCAGGCCCGACGCCUCUGCUUCUGCUUUUCGGUUUUAUACCAUGAUUAUACCCCGCAUUGGUCUUGUUGCAGCUAUACUCUCGAACCCGGACCCCGCGUUUCGUGUCUUUGCAAAUUUAUUUCUACCCGUUCUGAUCCGUGCCAGACUCAGUUCACACAGGGUUUCCAUUUGUUCACGAUGCUUGUUCCUGCACUGUUUCCGAAAUCAUAAGGUCUUGCUUGGGUCAAACAGCACCAGGACUUUGUCCUUGCAUAGAGAAUCAUUUAUAAAUUAGACACUAAGUGACAUUAAAUAACAAUAACGCUAAGUGACAGAAUUAUUUUCUAUGGGGGUUUAGAUUAGUAGGAACUGUUUUGCUAGCAGCUUUCAGAGGACUAUAUUCUUCUGGUACAGUAUGCAGCAAGACCGCACCAAGUUCUAGAUCGUGACUCA